GCCCGUUUCAUUCUAUACACGUGCAUUUGUAGCUAGCUAGCUUCUAUUUAUGCUGUCUGUCUUUGGUUGUCAUUUUAACAGCAAAUGCUGCAAUUUUAUUUUGAUCAUCAUAAGUUUAAUUUAAUCAAUAAUUUAUUCACCAUUGGUUAAAGUAUCAGAAAGAUGACCUGCAACAUCUUGCUCGCACUUUCUGUUUGAAGAGGGAUUUUACGUUAGCUAGCAAGUGGCUAUUUCUUGUUAGCAGAUUCGUGGUUGUCCAUUUUUUGUUGUAGAAAUGGCAAGUCUUGCUUCAAAGGACUCCUACCUUCAGAAAUUAGCAAGUAAAGUAUGUGCUCGACAGCAAGAACCAAGAAAUAGGCCAUUUGGUAAAUGUUUUCAGGUUCUAUCUAUUAGCUAGCUGCACGUUUUAAUUUGUAUGGUAAUGGUUUUCAAUACAUUUUAGAUGGGUGCUGAUGUUAAUCAUGACACCUCUAGCAUCACUGACUUAGCAAUAAACACCCCUCCAAUGUAAAGGCAUUUUCAUCUGUACUUGUACAACCUAACAUGUUGUCUCUCUUCAUGAAUUAAGUCCCUUUUCAAGGUGGUCGUGUGGCUGGCCCUCCAAAGAAGAGGAAUAAAACCAAUCACAAACAGAUACGUGGGAACAGCAACCUAGCGAAACACCAGAAGCCACCUUUGAAGCCUAACCAGAAGGCUGUCAUCACCCCAGCACAGAAAGCACCUGGUGCAGCAGAACAGAAUGCCUCAAAAGCUACAGUUCCAAAUGGGACAUUGGUUAAGACUAAACAGAAGCCCAAAGGUAAAGUUAUAUGUUGAUGUCCAGUCCUCGAAUUAUGCUCAACUUCCUAACAUCUUUUGGUGAUACUUGCUUUUCCUCUUUCUGUUUUUUGACUAGGUAUAAUAUAAAUGGUGUAAUAGCCAUGUCAUAGACAUUUUUGUACUCUUCACUGACUUUUGUUCUCACCCUGAAGGUGGAAAGCCGGGCACUAAAUUCUCCACGGUAGAUAUUCUACGGCAGAGACUUCAUGAGAAGAUUGAGGAGUCUCGUGGGCAGGUAUGUAUUAGGUUAUCUAAGGAGUUGUUCAGUGGCUACAUACGGCAAAAUGUCCCUUUACCAAUCCACAGUUGACUGUCAUAACUUGGCAAUGCACAUAAGUGUUUUGAUAUAGCCUACAACUAACCUUACAUCCCCCUUUCUUCCUGUAGGGAACCCCUAAGGACCCAUCCUCUGAGGAGGUGCAGAAGAAGCGAGAGAAGCGGAAGCAGGAGAGGGAGCGCAAGAAGAGGAAGCGUAAAGAGUUCCUCAUUAAGAAGCUUGCUGAAAAAGCCGGCCUAGAGUAUGAGCCUGAGAUCAAAAGGGAAGAGGCCCCUCCUCCUCCCACCGCACCAGCUGCAGGCAAGCGGGACGAGACGGCCAUCGUCUUCAACAAGGUGGAGCUGGGCGAUGGUGGCUUCUUGGACAAAGAGCAGAAGAAGAAGGAGAAGAACAGGAUAAAAGGCGGCCUGACACCACUGGUGGGCAAGAACUACAAGCAGCUGCUGGGGCGCGUGGAGGCUCGCAAGGCUAAGCUGGAGGAGCUGCGGGAGAAGGACGAGGACAAGGCCAAGGUGCAGGAGGAGAAGAUGAAGUGGACCAACGUGCUGUACAAGGCAGAGGGCCUGAAGAUCAAGGACGACGAGGACCUGCUGAGGGCCUCCCUCAAGAGGAAAGAGAAGAUGCGCUCGCAGCGGAAGAAGAAGUGGACGGAGCGCAGCGAGACAGUGGUGGAGAAGAUGCAGAGGCGACAGGACAAGAGGCGCAGGAACAUCCAGAAGAACAACAAGGGCAAAGUGGAGAAGAAGAAGGACCGGGCCAGGAAGAGGGGCCGCGUGCUGCCUGAAGACCUGAAGAAGGCUCAGGUGUAG